AUGCACCGUGCCUCACCUUUCCUACCUGUUCAUCCCGAUAUUUUCUCUCUCCUACUCGCGUUCUGUCUGUUUCUCUCCUCCAUUUUACCGUUUUGUUACAAGCAAAUAAUCCUCAUUUUUUUUUUGGAUUCGUUCGGUCGCUCCUUCGCGAGCGGGAUGGAUGGCGCUGGUGGUGGUGGCGACGCGGGUGGCGGCGUCGACGGGAGCGUGGACGAGAAUGUGUUCCGCUUUAAGGUGGCCGCGUUUUUCACGGUCAUCGUCGUGUCGCUGGUCGGGGGAUUCCUACCGCUGCGAAUCAACAUGGGAAAUGACCAGACGCGGAAAGGAUUCAUAGACCACAUGCGCUUCCUAACCGCCGGCGUGUUUCUCGGCGUGGGCCUGCUGCACAUGCUCCCAGACGCCGUAGAAGGCUACCAAGCCCUAGACUGGACGCCGCCCUCAGCCUUCAAUAUAGUCACAUACGCCUGGCGAGAUCACCUUCGCCACAGUCACGGCAACCAUCCACUCCUAACCUCCGGGAAUCCCGCUGCAGCAGACGACUGCGAUCCGUUCCCCAUCCCGUACCUCCUAUGCGCGCUAGGGUUCAUCCUAGUGUGGUACGCGGAGCAGCGCUUCUCCUCCUCCGCCGCCCCCUCCCCCUCCCCCCAGGAGAUCCAGAAAAUGAUGGCGGUGGCAGCAGGGGCGGAGUCACUCGGGGGAGGCAGUAUCUGCUACGUGCAGGUGCAACCAGUGGCAUCAUACGGGCCUGUGCAGUGCCCGUCGCCGACUAGAAUGCAUGGAGCUGCGUCUGCUUCCUCUUCCUCCCCGCUCGGCCCCUCGGGAUUGUCAUCUUCGUUUGCUGCUGGUUACGCCGCUGGUUCUGUGUCUCCGUAUGCGUCUCCUUCUCCCAGUCGGUUCGUGCUGCCGCCUCCUGCGUCCCCUGCUGCUGCGCCUGAUGCCCUAGGACCUGUCUCCUCGCAUGCGCCCUCGCAUGCGCCCUCUCAUGUGCAUGUGCUGCAUGAGGAGCCUGGGGACUGCUGCCAUUCCCAAGGCCAUGGGGAGAGGGUGUGCCAUCAUACGGACCAGCAACAGCUGGGGCAGGGGCGGGAGAAGCAGAAGAGGAAGAGUCACGGGCACGAUCAGGACGUGCAUGCUGCUGAUCACAGGCACAAGCAAGGCAGCAGCAGUAGUAGUAGUAGCCACGGCCAUCCCCAGGGGCCGCAUGCCCGUCCCGCGCACCACCACGUGCACGAGUGGCAAGACGAGGUGGGCGUGCGGUGGAGAGGGGUGCAGGGCGGCACAGAGGACGACGCGUGUGCGGGUCUGCACCGGCACACGCACGCCACACAUCACCACCACAUAGUGCUGCCCUCCAGGGGCGGGCUUUCGUACCUGCUCACUGCUCUUCUCUCCCUGCACUCGUUUGUCGUGGGCGCGGCACUGGGCACGUCGGGGACGCUGCAGGGGACAGUGGGGCUCAUCAUUGCGCUCAUUGCUCAUAAGUGGGCCGAGGCCUUUGCCGUUGGCGUACAGUUUGUGAGGGAGAGUGUGCCGGUGCCCAAGAUGGCGGCCAUUCUGCUGUUAUACUGCGCCAUGACGCCCACUGGCAUUGUUGUAGGCAUGCUGGCCAACUCCCUUGCGGGCCCUCGAGCCAUGCUCGUUGCUGUUGUCACACAAGCGUUUGGUGCAGGCACAGUUCUAUACAUUGCAAUGCUGGAGCUUGUGGAGAAGCACUCGGGCGCCCAAGGUUCAAGCAUACUGGAUCUGUUGCUGCUGCUCGCAGGGCGACGUUGCGAUUUUACCGGCUUCGCACGCAUCCGGGGCUGUGCUCUCCCUGCGCGCGUACCCUUCCUCCUCCCCAAGCGGGGCUUUUCCGUCCAAUCUAGCCAGAUGCUGCGCGUGUCCGCUCCUCCCUCGCGCUCUCUCCUCGCCCCGGAGUCGCUAACUACAGCAGCGAAUCUCACCGUCGUCGCGUCGCGAUCUCUCACUUCCUGGCAACCCCACAGCGCAGCAACAGCACCAGCAGCAACCCAGGAGCUUUUCAGUCGUCGUCGUCUGCACCGCAGCACCGGAGCUCCUUAUUUUCCUCGUUUGCCAGAUCGAUCGUCCGGUGCCGCAGCGACCGCGUCGCUUCGUCUAGCUCUCUCCAGUUCCUCCGUCACUCCCUCCCACACUAAGUCUUCCUCUCUGUCCUCCUCUUGCUCUUACGCGCCUCGCUUCGCCUGUACUUCCGCGGUUGAUUCUCGCGCUCGCUCCGCUCCCCGCUCCGCCGCUCCCCGCACAUCCGCCAGCGCCAGUACCGCGCCCUCCAUGGCUACCAAGUCCGCAAGAGCCGCGGAAGCGCUGCAACGCGUUAAGGAUGCCGGCCUGUUCCGCGACCAGUGCCUUAUCGGGGACAGCUGGGUUGGACCUCGUGACGGCGGCCCUACUAUGGACGUACUUAAUCCCGCUACGGGGGACCUUAUAACGCGUAUCCCGAAUCACGGGUACGACGAGACGCGCGAGGCCAUCGACGCCGCGUCCGCGGCCUUUCCUGGUUGGUCGUCGCGCACCGCGAAGGAGCGCGCCGCGGUGCUGCGCAAGUGGUACGAGCUGAUCGUCGCGAACCGCGAGGAGCUUGCGCUGCUGAUGACGCUCGAGCAGGGCAAGCCGUUGGCCGAGGCGCGCGGCGAGGUCGAUUACUCCGCGGGAUACGUGCAGCUGUACGCUGAGGAGGCGACGCGGACCUACGGCGACAUCAUCCCCGCGCCGCUGGCGGACAGGCGGAUUCUGGUCCAGAAGCAGCCGGUGGGGGUAGUCGCGGUAAUCACCCCGUGGAAUUUUCCCCUCGCGAUGAUCGCGCGCAAGGUCGCGCCUGCUUUAGCGGCGGGUUGCACGGUCGUCGCCAAGCCGUCGGAACUUACCCCGCUCUCCGCGUUCGCGCUCGCGGAGCUUGCGCUCAAGGCGGGCGUGCCGCACGGGGUGAUUAACAUCGUCGUAGGCGACGCGCCGCCCAUCGGACAGGCGAUUAUGGAGAGUUCCGCGGUGCGGAAGCUGAGCUUCACAGGGUCUACUGCUGUAGGGCGGCGCCUCAUGGCGGGCGCGGCGGCGACCGUGAAGCGUGUGUCUUUAGAACUGGGCGGCAACGCGCCGUUCAUAGUCUUCGACGACGCUGACAUGGCAGUCGCCGUGAAGGGGCUGCUCGCGGCGAAAUUCCGCAACGCGGGGCAGACGUGCGUGUGCGCGAAUCGCGUGCUGGUCCAGGAAGGAAUCUACGACGAAUUCGUAUCCGCGGUCAAAACAGCCAUGGAGCAGCAGUUAACCGUUGGAUUCGGGCUCGAGGACGGGGUGACUCAAGGCCCGUUGAUCAACGAAGCAGCUGUGGAGAAGGUUCAGAGCCACGUAGACGACGCGGUGAGCAGAGGCGGCACGGUGCUGCUAGGAGGCUCCAAAGCCCACCCGUCCUUCCUCUCCGCCCCAGCCGGCGAGCUUCCCGAGAAGCUUCCCGGGUGCUUCUUCCAGCCGACGCUAAUCAUCGACUUGCCGUCCGACUGCCUGUGCUUUCAGGAGGAGACAUUCGGCCCGCUAGCCGCUGUCCACAAAUUCUCCUCUGAAGCUGAUGCGCUGCGCAUCGCGAAUGAUUCCGAGUUUGGUCUAGCUGCGUAUGUGUAUUCGCGGGACAUGGGGCGGUGCUUUAGGGUGGCGGAGGGCCUGCAGGCGGGGAUUGUGGGCGUGAAUGAGAGCGCGAUCAGCACGGAGGUGGCGCCGUUUGGAGGGGUGAAGCAGUCGGGCAUGGGGCGCGAGGGGUCAAAGUAUGGGCUGCAGGACUACAUGGACUUGAAGUACGUGUGCCUGGGGAAUUUGAAGUGA